AUGAAAGUUCUCGAUUCUCACACUGUACUUGGUUUACUUCCAAAUGAUAUGCGGGACCUAUCUAAGCAAUGCGAAGAUCAUAUGAUGAAUGCUCAGCUCUUUUAUACGAGCACGGACCAGCUCUCCUGCAGUAUUUUGACGUCAUCCAAUCGCUUUGUAUCGUAUGGUCGAUGGCUCAGUGCACUGUCUGUGACUUCGGCAGCCGUGUGUGGUCUCACUUACUACUAUCAAUACGCUCACCUGUACCGUGUCUGGCGGAUUCGGAAUCCCAGGGCAGUGUUUCGAUACCAUGUUGCGAGCUGGAUAAGCGGUGGUGUCUUUGUAUCGACGAUUUUGUUUAUGGCCAGCCCACUUGGGCCGAUGCAGUCGCGUUGGAUGCAACUAGAGCAAUCGAAGACGUUAGAUGCACUUGCAGUGAAGGCUCUCGAGUUUCAGCAAGCUUUCGCUACACUUCGGGCUUGGUACCUCUACCGCGCGUCUUGUGCGCACGAAUUGUUGCCUUUCGAAGAGGCUAACAAGGUAACAUCAGCGCAACUAAAGGGAUCCUUAUCAAACAAUGACUUCGUGUGGAUGCGCGUUGUAAUUCCAGAGCUAACAAGCACUUUAACCCGACGCGAAGGGCAAGCUAAGAAAUCGUGCGAAAGGGCUAAUGCUGGAAUAAUGAGACGCGCCCCCACCAAUGCAGGUGAUGAUAGCGAAUGCACAGAGAGCGGUCGUACUGGGACAUUUGAUGUGGGAUGUAAUAGUCAAGUAUCAUUGCUGUCGACGGAAGGGCUUCCUCAAGAACUACCUCUUCUUCCUAGUUUGCGGCAAAAUGUGGUGAAAGAACCAGAUACGAGUAGCAUGACUUCCUUCUCUCACCCUUUCGUAAUCAAUGAUAAUGAAAAUAGGGAUGGAAUAUCCGGUCCAUCUCAUUGUCUAGAGAACACUUCAAAAGCGGGAGGCAAUAUCGGCGCCGCAUCAACAUAUUGCGUGAAAAAUCAUGACGCAAGGCGUCAUUUUGAUGCAAAAAGAGUUUACGACGGGACUGAGUCUGAUGAAGAACUUAUGAAAGCGUUUCUAGUAUGCUGCCAAGCAUGGGAAGACUUGCUGAAUGCUCGCAGAUAUCUUUAUCCAGAGAGUGUAUAG